CUGAAAUCCUUCCUGCUGCCUAACCUGGUUCCAAGAUGAGUAGUCCUUUGGAGAAAGCUCUGGCUGUGAUAGUCAACACCUUCCACAAAUACUCAAAAAAGGAAGGGGACAAAUACAAGCUGAGCAAGAACGAGAUGAAGGAAUUGUUAAAGAGUGAGCUCCCCAGCUUUACCGGAGGAGAGAUGAAUGAAGAGGGCCUGAAGAAGUUGAUGAAGAGCUUGGAUGAGGAUGGUGACCAGGAAGUGGACUUCCAGGAGUAUGCUGUCUUCCUGGCUCUCGUCAGCAUGUCAUUCAAUGACUUUUUCAAGGAUCACCCUGACCGCACCUGAAAUAAUAUGACCACCCCUUUCCUACUUCCCUGCCCUAUUCUGUUUCCCAUGGCAUCAAUCUG